AUGGCUAUUCCUUUAUUUUCAUUACAGUUACGACAUAGUAUAAUACCACAUUUGGUUACAAUAGGUAAAUACGAUGGAUCACAUCAUUGUUUGACUGCAGCAACAUCUGAAAAUAAGGCAAGGAUUUUAAUACAUAGUCCACACAGGCCAGAAAAGGACAUAUCAUAUUUGAAUAUCAAUCAAAAAAUUACAGCUUUAGUAGCAGGAAAAGCAAUUCCAAACGAUGAAAAAGAUAUACUUGUAGUAGGAACAGUGGGCAGUGUAUUGGCCUAUAAUGUAGAUCUCAACAGUGAUUUAUUCUUUAAAGAGGUAAGCAAAAGUUUAAGAAAUUGUACAUAUUUGAAUAGAAUUUAA